AAACUACAAUAUGGGACAAAAUCCAGGAAUAUGAUGUCAUCGACAGAGGGAUGAGUCUGUUCUGUUCAGGGAGGGGCAGAAAACCAGAAGUCAUACUCAUUCACACAACAGAAGGAGCUUGGCUGUUCCUGGAGACGUUUUGCACUUCCCUCAUUCGUGCCUGCCCAGUGGUGAAUUUGUAGUCAAGAAAUGGUUUCCAUCACAACUGAAAAUGUUACCCAGCUUUACAACACCACAGCCACCCAGGAGCUCACAGGCACUCCAGCAAAUUUCCACAAUAAUUCAGGAGUGCAUCAGCUGAGUCAAGAUAUAUGUAUUAAUCCACAUGUAUGGGAAUGGCUACAGGAUUUCCAGCCUGGAUUCCUCUGGGUUCUGUUUGUUCUGGGAGCAAUAGAAAAUUCCUCUGUCCUCAUCGUCCUAUGUUUCCACAAGAGUCGCUGCACAGUGGCUGAAAUUUACCUAGCAAACAUGGCACUCGCUGACCUAUUGUUAGUCUGUACUUUACCUUUCUGGGCCAUUAAUAUUACUAAUAAUUUUGACUGGCCUUUUGGCCUGUUCCUCUGUAAAGCUGUCAACAUAAUGAGUAGCAUGAACUUUUAUUCUAGCAUUUAUUUCCUGACACUAGUGAGCAUUGACCGCUACCUGGCCUUGGUGAAAACCAUGUCUCUUGGACGGAUGCGACGAACUGUCUGUGCCAAAUGGAAUAGCUUUGUAGUCUGGACGUGUGCUUUGCUCAUGUGUUCACCUGCAAUGGUGUUCCGAAAUUUGCAAUAUUACGAAGACUACAACGUCACAGCCUGCAUGCUUGUUUACCCAGCCAGCUACUGGAGGCCGGCAAACAACUGCUUGCUGAAUAUUGUGGGCUUUGUGAUCCCCCUCUGUGUAAUUACCUAUUGCACCUUGCAAAUCAUCAAAGCCUUACGAAGCAGUGAGCUACAAAAACUGAAGGUAGUCCAGACAGAGAGGAAAGCCACCAUGCUGGUCCUUGCUGUGCUCUUGCUGUUCGUCGUUUGCUGGCUUCCAUUCCAGAUCACCACAUUCAUCGACACAAUCUCUAGCCUCACACACACUUCCAAAUGCCUGGAACACAUCAAUGACUUACUGACGCAGAUUGCAGUGUUCUGUGCCUAUAGCAACAGCUGCCUGAACCCAAUCCUGUAUGUAAUUGUCGGGAAGCACUUCCAGAAGAAGGCUGUGGAAUUCUACAAGGACUUGUUCCCAAAGAGGUGCAGAAAAUCACAGUCUGUGCAGAUGGAAAAUUCCCUGGACACUUUAAAAACUUCCAUUUCAAGUGAAUACCCAAGGAAAAAGUCUGAUUUCCCAUUACCAAAAUAGCACAAUUUGUUCAUUGCAGGAAAAAAGCUUUCUAACAUAUCAGUCUCCAGUAACAUCCAUCUGCUACUGGUCCACAGAAUAAACGUGUGGUAGUAUUUGGUAUUUGUGUGAAACCAGUGGUUUGAUCUUAGUGGAAAAUCCAUCCAGAGACCUGCUUCUAAUGUUGUUGGACGUUUGUCAUAAUUGAAUCCUACUUUGUGGCAUACUUAAAUUUUCAUGGCUGAGUAUUUGAUGCACAUAUCCUUUGAAAUGUUUGCAUUUCUAAGGUGUACAUACACGUACAUACAGCUCUCUGAAUAGUAUAGAAGCUACUGUCAGGAUUGUGCAACUACUUAUGGUACCCAUACAGUUUGUAAGACUAAAUUCUUGAUUGGAGAGGCUUGUAGUUGAAUAAGCUCUCAUAAAGUAAUCUUGUAGGAGUAUUACUCAAAUGUAUUUUUAGAUGUUCCCAUCUUCUGGGCUUUUACUUUCUCUAUUCAGUCAUCCAAAACUAUUUUGAUUGAUUGAUAAGCUGUACCCUUUUGCAACCACUAUGCCCCUGCUAGUUACAGGUUUACAUCAGCUUGUAUGCAUGGAAAAAAGCUCAGAAAAGGUAAAGCAGAAAUGGAAGAAAGGUUGCAGCCAGCUGCAUGAAGUUAACUCAGUUUAGUUUGUACCAGGAAAUGCUCUUCCUCUUCUGCAUUGGGGUAAAAGCAUUCACUUACUCCUUCUGAGUGAAUGUUCUUUACAUUCGUACCUACACUUCAGCUCAAAGACUUAGGUUUUAAUAUUCACAAAACAUAAUUAAUAUUUGUAAUGUUAUUUAAUAGAAACAUAGAAGCUCAGCACAACUGGUAGAAUCUCACAAGUAGAAGAAACUGAGAAAAUGAAGGAGAGCAUCACGUAACUGCCUUAGAAAUCUGACUGAAGCUAAUAGGAGUCUUGAAAGUUCAAAGUAUUCAAAAAUGGUCUUUUCAGACUCUAAUAACACCUGCGUUUUAGUGUAGAAUUAGUCUGAGUGAUUUUAACGCAAGAUAGCUUUUCCCCAAUUGGACUAGAUUUAUGAUCCAAGUUGAGUUUACACAGAAGAUGAACCCACAGCAUACUGAACAUUCAGUAUACACUUUUACCUCUAGGAACCUUGAUCGAAAACUGAGUUGGAGAUGAUCUAAAAUCUUCUGGAACUAACAGAGCCUUUGUUCUUUUCAAAGCACUUAAGGUUACAACCUUAAAAGCACCAAGGGGAAUGGAGUUUGGUGACAUAAGUAAACUCAGACUGCUAUUGCAUGGUCUUUACUCAUCAGAGCUUGAAUAGGGCAAGAAAGUUCCAUUUAAGAUGGGAAAUUUGUAUUAAAACUUUGAAUAAUUAAACCCCCAAAAUGCUCUAGAAGCGUGUGGAUGUGCUAUAAAAACUGUGGGAUUUAGAUUACUGUAGAUGAUUUAUAGAAAAUUUCCAUAGGUUUUCUUUAAUUAUCCAGUAUAAUCCUACAUCAUAAAUACUUCUAUUGUUCAUUCUUUAUAUUGUCCAAGACACCUAUAACGAAACACUGCUAGGCUUUGUUAUCUCCAGUGUUAUCUCCAGUGAACAGCAUGCUGUUCGUGCAAUGUUUAAAUAAAAGAAACUGCAUUAAAAGGUUAUUGAGGCAAUAGAAGAGAUUUUUGAGUAUUUGGUACUGAGAAGUAAAAUAUAAAAAUGUUAUUAUAUUAAUAUGUCAUUAAUUUAAAUCAUGUAAAUAUGUAGACACAUUAUUUUGCUAUGCAGUAAGCAUAUACAACAUAAAAUAAACUACUUUAAG